AUGACGCAAGGACAGUGUACCUUCAAUAGAGACUAUGCAAUUGCCAACAUUAGCGAGUGGUCCAUUAUGCCCAAAAACGAAGACGCACUUGCAUUUGCCCUGUGGAAGGUGGGUCCCAUUCCGGUCAGUAUAAAUGCGGCACCCAAAUCAUUCCAGUUGUAUAGCAAUGGUAUUUACGACGAUGAAGCUUCGUGUGAUAACUCCAAAGUGAACCACGCGAUGCUCCUGCUCGGAUACACCAAAGACUAUUGGAUACUGAAAAACUGGUGGGGCAGCUGGGGAGAGGAUGGCUAUAUGAGGCUGGCACGUGGCAAAAAUCUAUGUGGCAUCAGCAACUACGCGGGCUACGUUACGGUUUAA